UUUCAUCUUUUUCUCUUUUCGCUCAUCCCUAAGUAACGGCACUUUACAGAUGCAAAGCAACUCGAUCGCAAAAUCGCAAAAUGUUGGUGAAAUAAGCUCGCGAGCGUCUCGAACGUAACCGGUUACCCGAAACACACUAUAUUUUCCACCUUCUAUUUGCAUUUCGCUAAAAUAACGCGGCGGAGUGUUUGGGGAAAAUGGCGCAACCGCCGACAGAUCAAAACUUUUACCAUCACCCGCUGCCCCACUCGCACACACAUCCGCACGCCCAUCCGCAUCCGCACUCGCACCCACAUCAUCAGCAUCCGCAGCUUCAGUUGCCGCCACAAUUCCGAAAUCCCUUUGAUCUGCUUUUCGAUGAGAGAACAGGUGCGAUCAACUACAACUACAUACGUCCGUAUCUGCCCAACCAGAUGCCCAAGCCAGAUAUGUAUCCCCCAGAGGAGCUGCCCGACUCCCUGGUGAUGCGGCGACCACGUCGCACCCGCACCACCUUCACCAGCUCCCAGAUCGCCGAGCUGGAGCAGCACUUUCUGCAAGGACGCUACCUCACGGCCCCCAGAUUGGCGGAUCUUUCGGCCAAGCUAGCCCUGGGCACCGCCCAGGUGAAGAUCUGGUUCAAGAAUCGUCGGCGCCGUCACAAGAUUCAAUCGGACCAGCACAAAGACCAGUCGUACGAGGGAAUGCCCCUCUCGCCGGGUCUAAAACAGAACGAUGGCGAUCCUCCCAGCCUGCAGACCCUGAGUUUGGGCGGAGGAGCCACGCCCAAUGCCUUGACCCCAUCGCCCACGCCCUCGACGCCCACCGCGCACAUGGUGGAGCACUACGGGGAGUCGUUCAACUCCUACUACAAUUACAAUGGAGGCCACAGCCAUGCCCAUGCCCCGGCCAAUCGUCAUGUGCAUGUGCAGUACUCCGCGGGAGGAGGACCAGGAUCUGGACCUGCUGCCAAUGGCGGCCAGUUCUUCCAGCAGCAGCAGCAGCAGCAGCAGGUCCACCACCACCAACAGCAGCUGAACCACCAGACCAACCACGCGCCGCACCAGAUGCAGCAGCAGCAUCAGCAAAUGCAGGCCCAGCAGCAGCAGCAGUACCACCACUUUGACUUCCAGCAAAAGCCAGCCAACGCCUGUCGCGUCCUGGUCAAGGACGAACCGGAGGCCGACUACAACUUCAGCAGCUCCUACUACAUGCGCUCGGCGCUGUCUGGUGCCACCUCCGCCUCUGCCGUGGCCCGCGGCGCUGCCUCGCCCGGCUCCGAGGUCUACGAGCCAUUAACACCCAAGAAUGACGAGAGUCCCAGUCUGUGCGGCAACGGCAACGGCAUCGGCCUCGGCGGACCCUGCGCCACCGCCGUUGGCGAGACGGAGGCUGCCGACGACAUGGACGACGGAACGAGCAAGAAGACGACGCUUCAGAUCUUGGAGCCUUUGAAGGGUCUGGACAAGAGCUGCGACGAAGGCAGCAGCGACGACAUGAGCACCGGACUGAGGGCUCUGUCGGGAUCCGGAAUUCGGGGCGGGGCGUUUGCCAAGUUUGGCAAGCUUUCGCCCCCGCAAGGUCCACAGCCGCCCCUCGGAAUGGGAGUGGGCGUGGUCAUGGAAGCAUCGAACCAAUAUCAAUGCACGAUGGAUACGAUAAUGCAAGCGUAUAAUCCCCAUCGUAACGCCGCAGGCAACUCGCAGUUCGGCUACUGCUUCAAUUAGCCUGGACAAGCGGCGUCCCAGAGAGUUUAAAAAGCUUUAGGUUAACCACUGUUGUUCCUGAUUGUACAAAUACCAAGUGAUUGUAGAUAUCUACGCGUAGUAAGCUAGGAUUAGUCUUAAGAUGAUUGUAAAUUUGUUUUUAGAGAUGUUUAAUGUUCUAGCCUAGUCAUCGGGCGACAUUGUUUCAAUGCCUCUUUUAGUGAUACUCUAUUUAUGUCCAAAACUUUCCCCGCAAUACGCUCGUUGCCUCGACUGCUUCUGGCAGGAUGUUCCACAAAAGCCCAGGAAUGUCCAGUUGGAUCCAUUUGGGGCCUUUUGGGCUUGAACGUAUUCCGGGGAAAGUUACCCACCCGAACCCAAAUUCCGCGCCAGCAAGAAAAUCAGUUCUGAAACAAUUUGGCAUAGCUAAAAACUGUACUAAUCGAAAUGCAAAAUGUUUCUCUUGGCGGUAAUCAAAACCAACGAUUACCUCUUAAAGAUUGAACAUUUAAAAAACAAUAUUCGAUAUGAUAUUUUCAAUUUCUAUGCUAUGCCAAAGCGUCUGACAUAAUCAAACAUUUGUACAUUCUCUUUCAGAGAGAAACGUCAGCAAAUUGUCUUAUCAUCAAAUGCAGACCACUUGUUUUAGUUUCACUGAUUUAUUUGUUGCCUACGGAAUUGGUAUAAAUUUAAUAUUUUUAAAUCACUUCAAGUUACAUUGAAAUAUGUUAAGCCUUAAAUUUACGGUGCACCUUUGACGUUGUCUUUUUAAGUUUUAUGUCGAAAUAUACUAGAACUACUCUAAUCGAGUAAGCUGUGACUAACUA